AGUGAUAUUUGUAUAUAUUUAUGUCCCAUUUACCCAAAGGAAAUUACUCCUUGCAUUUUGAACUUCCUUUGAAAAAGAGUUUUUUGAACUUCCUCAUUGCAUGGCAUGGGAGAUGAUGCUGUUAGAGAGGAAUUGAUGUAGAGCUGCCACAUUUUUCUCCAAUCCACUCAUCAUCGUCUGCUACCUCUCUUCUUCCUUACCUUAGUUCCUUCUCCUCCACAUCAACGUACAAUUCUCCAUAUCGAUCGAGAUUCUUCUGAAAAUCCAUCCGUCACAGAGCCAUCGAUCAUGGCCCAAGAGGCGCUGAUCUACAGCUUUGUGUCCCGAGGGACCGUCAUCCUCGCCGACUACACCGAGUUCUCCGGCAAUUUCACCGACGUCGCCGCCCAGUGCCUCCACAAGCUCCCCACCUCCGACAACAAAUUCACCUACAAUUGCGAUGGCUACACUUUCAAUUACCUCGCCCAGAACGGGUUCACCUACUGCGUUGUUGCAACUGAAUCUGCUGGAUCACAACUUCCAACCGCCUUCUUGCAGCGUGUGAAGGAGGAUUUUAUCAAGAGAUAUGGUAAAGGGAAGGCAGAUACCGCUAUUGCAAAAAGUCUUACUAAGGCAUUUGGGCCAAAACUGAAAGAACACAUGAGGUAUUUUAUUGACCACCCAGAAGAAAUUAGCAAGCUCACCAAGGUUCAGGGUCAGGUCGAUGAAGUAAAGGGUGUCAUGAUGGGAAACAUUGAGAAGGUUCUUGACCGUGGUGAGAAGAUUGAGCUUCUUGUUGAUAAAACAGAGAAUCUUCGCUCACAGGCACAGGAUUUCAGAAAACAAGGGACUGCAGUGAAGAGGAAGUUGUGGUUUGAAAACAUUAAGAUAAAACUGAUUGUGCUGGGCAUCAUUGCAGCAUUGAUUCUCAUUAUUGUCUUGUUUGUCUGCCAUGGUUUCAAGUGCUGAUCACCCUGCGAGAUCUGUUACGGGUCUUAAUUUGCCAUUUUUGUUCUGAAGGGGUUGCGCAGGUUGGCCUACGCUUUUUGGAGGAACAACUAACCGUUUCGCACUAGAUGGCAAUCUAUAUUCAUUCAUUGGUAUUUGUGUUGCUUUGGUUGCGUUGAUCUCAUAAUCAAGAGAACUUUGUAUA